AUGACAAAACGGUAUAAACCAUCUGAGCCAACACCAUUAGAUAAUCUACUAAGUAACUACGGCCUAGAACCCAUAGCCGAAUCCCUUGCCCGAACCAAAGUCGACGGGUCGAAAGGAGUUAAGCUCAGAAAGUCGUAUAAGAAUCACAUUCUGGAUCUCGUAGGGAAACACCAAAUAGCCAAUCCCAAACCAAUCCAACCGGGGUUACUUGAUCCCAAUUUGGAUAAAACUCCGGAUAUGAUCAAAGAGAUUGACAUCAAUUUACUCCGAAGGGCUCUCAAGUUUGAUAAGACUCCUGUGAACGGAAUAGCGGGCUUCAGCAUAGCAGACUUGGCCAUUGGGGAUCUGCAGUCGAUCAUAAGAGGCGAUGAUAGUCCUGAUGAUGAUAAUGGGUCCAUGAAGAAGGGUAAACGGAAGAAGAAGAUACAAGAAGGUGGUGAUAUCAAGAGACAGCAUAUAUAA